GUGCAAAUCUCGCUGGAGUCAGAGUGACCUGAGUGAGUCGUCUCGCGCGCAGCAACAAGUAGGCUCUGUGGACAGGAUGAUGUCAGCCGUCGGCAGAGUGCUAAUCAUUGUCGUCGUCAUCGCGACCAUCGAGGUUUGGUCAACCACCGGCCAGAAGGAACUGACGGAGUUGCCAGAAGUGAAGGGCUACAAGCUGCACUGCAUCGAAUCGAGCGGCAUCACCGAAACGGCGGCGAAAAAGUUCUCCAGUGGCGAGCCCAUCAAGGAGCCGGAUCAGGCCACGAAGUGCUUUGUGCAGUGCUUCUUCCAAAAGCUCCGCCUAAUGGACGAGAAGGGCGUCGUGCUGAAGGACAAGCUGGAGACGUUCCUCGGCCGGCUGAUGGACGAGGACAAGGCAAAGGACACGGUCAAGCAGUGUGACCUGCGGCGCACCAACCCUUGCGACACCGCGUUCGCCGUCUACGACUGCUACGUGGGCAAGAAAGCGAAACUGUUUUGACAAUAAAAUUUCGUAACCGA